AUGUCUACAUUUCAUGCUGUCUACAUUACGUUUGUCUCGUUUUACUUUGUUUUCUGGUCUGAUCUUUUCACUGGUAAGUUGAACAAUGGCCCGAUUACUCUUCAGAGUUCAACUAUCUCCACAUGUGCUUUGGGGGUAUCGAUUGGUUAUUUCCUUUCCGAUCUCAGCACGAUAAUAUGGUUUUAUCCUUCUUUAGGCGGGAUGGAGUAUGUAAUUCAUCAUUUUAUCUCGUUGGUGGCUGUGAGUUAUGCUAUGCUGACAAGCGAAGCUCAGUUUUACACUUUCAUUGUUUUAAUAUCCGAGGCAACCACCCCUUGGAUCAAUUUGAGAUGGUAUCUCGAUGCAGCUGGGAUGAAGGGGUCGAGGGUGUACCUUGUUAAUGGAAUGUUAGUAUUCUUGGCAUGGCUGGUUGUGAGAAUUCUUUUAUUCAUCUACUUGUUCUGUCAUAUGUACCGGUACUAUGAUCAGGUGAAGCAGAUGCACACAACUGGACAAAUUUUGGUGCUUCUUGUUCCUUCAGUGCUUUCUGUUAUGAAUUGGAUUUGGUUCUGUAAAAUAUUCAAAGGGCUGAAAAAGACAUUGUCCAAGACAAAGUGAAGAGUCAUGUUUUGUGUGGGGAAAUAUUUUAACGGUGAAUAUUCAGACGAACAACAGUGAUACACUAAUUGCUAGAACAAAAGGUGCAUUUUUUUAAUUCACUGCAUAUACUGGAUACCAUAUGAUACAUUGAA